GCAUAUCAUCACCCCUCGAUGUGCCGUGUCAACCACCGAGUCUAGCCGUGACAUUCGAAGCUUCACCGUUGCUCCAUGAGACCAGCGAGUUCGACUCGGAAAGCAGAACGAGCGCGUGAUCGUCUGCACCGGGCUGACAGGUGAGGUACCAUGGCCACGGCACACAAGAACGGCAUGUCUUCAGCCUUAGCACUCCCUCCAACCCAAGGCUCGCCAUCCAAAUGCGGUGUUGAGGGAAUGGGUAACCCACUCUCUGAGUGCAGACAAGGUGGGGCGCCUAUCUGUGAUUAUUUUAUUCACGGGGACAACAAGGAUGCAUACUGGUCAGGUGGACGAUUCAAGUCGGAUUUCUUUUGUGUAGUUCAAGGGACAUGACGUCACAUGGGUUUCAGAUGUGUGUUGUGUCUCACCUACCUUGUACUUGAGACGGUCACAGUUAUGAGG